AUGCGAAUGUUAUUUCGGGCUGAUGAUUUGCAAUUACUGCGAAAUAUUAGUAAUUGGCUCAAAGGUGCAGCUGGUGACUGGUAUUUACAGCUUUCCCAAGGUCAUCAUUUGCCCGAUACGUGGCAUGAGUUUAAAAAGUUGUUCUUGUCUCAUUUUCGUAGUGCUGAAAGGGUAGAGGCUUUGAAAAUCGAACGUUGCCGUUGCGUUCAAGAAGAAAAUGAAACAGCAGCUGAUUUCUAUCAAAGAUAUUUGGGACUAAAUUUGGAAAUUAAUCCAAAACCCAAGGAAAAUUUACUUCAAAAAUACUUUCUUCGAAAAUUGAGACGAUGGAUUUCUACGAAUUCUGUGUACGAUAAGGAUGAAGGAAAUCCGCAGGAAUUUACGACAUCAUUAACUCGGCAGCUGGUGCGAUUGAAAACACCAGAGAGAACAGUUGUUGUUGCUAAUCUUGACGCACCGUCUUCUUCAUCAACAAAUUCUUCUGGUCAGGAGACUCAGACAGAUAAAUCUCCUGCUUUUCCAACUAACAACGAUAGAAAUCGACCAGCUUUUCUUCAAAACCGGCAAACAAAUUUUUAUGAACGGAAUAAUAAUAAUAGCGGAGGUCAGAAUAGUAACAAUAACAGUCCUCGUCUGCCAUUUUCUUCGAAUAAUUCUCUCAAUCUUAAUCGUUCAAAUCCAUCAGCGGCAAAUCAUAAUAGAGAACCGUCAGGACCGUGUCAAUUUGUCGUAAAAAUGGACAUUGGAGAAGAGAUUGCAGACAUAGCAGAUGAAUUUGCCGAUAGUACUGACCAAAUUGCUAAAUGGGGUUUUGUUAGUAAGUUGGAUGAACGAGUUCUAACUGCCGAUCUUCAACCAAUAAUAGAAUGGUGGAAGAAUAACAUCAGCAAUAACAAUGUUUUGCAAGAUCAGUUUAUUCAGCCUAUUGCCAUCUCUGAGCAAUCUCCUUCAUCGAUGGUGGAUAAACCGGAUUACUUUUCUCGACCGCCACCAUAUACCUCGUUACAAAAUACUGUUAUUGGUCAGUUGAUAAUUUCAGUGCAACGAGCUCAUGGUCCAGAUGGAAGUCGUUUUUCGUUCAAAAAUAAUCCAUUUGCUGUUAUUGAAUGUAAUCAUCAAAGAUAUGCAACAAAUGUGCACGAUAAAGGCAGAAAAUCCCCGAUGUGGGCAAUAGAUGGACCGUUUUCAUUUAACAUUUAUACAACGGGCGAUAAAGUCAACAUGUGGGUACUAGAUAAAAAUGUACUCAGAAAUCGAGAUAAGCUAUUAGGCAGUUCCAAAGUCAGUGUUAAAUUUUUGCUUGAUCAUGAUCAAGAUCAACUGGAAAAAUGA